CCAAGCUAAUGCGUGUCCUCCGCGGAGGAAGACCAAACGUACUAGUCACAACGGGCUUGUCAACUGCCUGUCUGUCCGUCUGUCUGCCAUCGAGUCGAAAGUUAAACCUGAAUCUUGGUGGGAAGCAUGUGGCAAUAAUGACAGGUACAGAUCUCUUCUGGCUGCAUCCUAGGUCUGCAUGUCGUCUACCCUCCUUGGUUUCCUUCUCCUACAGAGGUCUGAUUAAUUAAUUAAUUAAUCAACUGCACAGUGCUCC